UUUGGUAACUGCUGUGAGAGUGCAGUGGGCGUAGGAAGUGUUUACGGCAACACUGGUGUCCACUUCUCGUGGAAUUUCUACUGAACCGGUUCUGUUGUAAAGACCCGAGGAAAAAUGGCUAAAGUCGAUCUGGCUAAAGUGGGAAAGAACUUAUUGAAGAGCGCUGACAGUGGGGAGAAAGUGGAGCUCCAGGCUCUGUGGCAGAACCAGCCUGUGGUUGUGUUCUUUCUGCGCAGGUUCGGCUGCCAGGUGUGCCGAUGGAUGGCGUCAGAGAUCAGCAAGCUGGAGCCUGACCUCAGGGCCAACGGGGUCUCCCUGGUGGGAGUGGGACCAGAGGAGCUCGGGCUCCAGGAGUUCAAGGAAGGAGGGUUUUUUAAAGGCUCCAUUUAUGUGGAUGAAGAAAAGAAGUGUUACAAGGAUUUGGGAUUCAAACGGUACACAGCUUUAAGCGUGCUUCCUGCUGCUUUAGGGAAGAAAGUGAGAGAUAUAUCUUCAAAGGCCAGCGCUGUAGGAAUCCAGGGAAACUUCUCAGGAGAUCUGCUGCAGAGUGGUGGCUUGAUCAUUGUGACAAAAGGUGGAGAAAAGGUAUUGCUCCACUUCAUCCAGGAUUCACCGGGAGACUUUGUACCUCUGGACGACAUCUCCACGGCUCUCGGUAUCUCAGCCACAGUAAAAGCCGGGCAGAAGCCAGUGUGCAAUGAUGACGUUUGUACACGAUGAAGCAGCAGCAGCAGCAGUGAGCUUCACCUGAAAGCCUGAGUCACCAACAUACAGGAAGAGGAACGAUAACACUGAUAAUACUGCAGUAACUCCAACGUCUUUUGUGAAAGCUCAAUCAACAUGCAGCUAAUGCUUUACCUGUAUGUUUAUGGUGCAUAGAAACUCUUUUUGAUUAUGUAUGUGACUCAGAAGAAACUAAUACUACACUAAUUAUGAUUUAUUGUGACUUUAUACACCUUAAAACAGUUUAUGAAGGACGUUUUAUUUUGUAUGUCUGAUAGUGAUUCCACUUGGAAGUCUCUCUUUGGCUUCAGUUUUUUAGUUUGGAUCACAAGGCAUCUAACCAAACUACUUUCUUACAUUUGUUUUAACUGUAAAGAAUAAUUUUUGCAAUCAAUAAUAAAUCAUUCGACAGAAAGUCUUACAUUUU